GGGCAGAGAGGCGCAGCGGUGUGGACCCCCUCAAUUGCCCCGCGGUUCGAGGCCCCUUCUGUGGCACAAGGCAACACCACAAACACGACCAACAACACGUGCUGAUCUCUCACGUCAAACCGCAAACCACUCGAUUCUUACCAUUCCUCGCCGGCCUCUCUCGCCACCGACCACCAUGAUCGACCCCUCCAUCCGCCUCCGCCGGGCAAUCCACUCCAACGAUGCGCUGCUCGCCCGGCGCAUCCUCAAGUCACACCCCCACCUCCUACACAACCCCGACCUCUCGCUCACGGGCAACGCGAGCUCAAACCUCCACCUGGCCGCCUCGCUCGGUCACCUCCCUAUCUGCAAGCUGCUCGUCGAGCUGGGCCACGAGGCCGACACGCCGGCACUCAACGACGACCACCAGACGGCACUGAUGCUGGCGGCAGCAGGGGGCCACACCGAGGUGGUGCACCUGCUGAGCGAGAACGACCCCGGGUCGAUCCUGCGGCAGGACGCGCGCGGGCGCGACGCCAUCAUGGAGGCGAGCCUGCACGGCCACGACACGCUGGUGCAGAUCCUGCUGACGUACGCUCCAGGGGGCGCGGCCGCGGCGCUCGCCCAGGCCGACGUCGACGGCAACACGGCCCUGCACUUUGCCAGCAGCAACGGCAACCUGCUCGUGCUCCGCACCCUCCUGGCCGCGGGCGCCGACGCCGGUAGGAUGAACGCCUGGAGUUGGACCGCCGAGGCUUACAGCGCCACCGUGCAGGCAGAGGUCUACCUCAAGACGCUGGUCGGGGAGGUGGAGCGCCGGAAGCAGGCUAGGAGGGAGGGCGAGGCGGCCAAGACGGGCGGGGCGGUGAGGCUGGUGGGGCAGGAGGUGGGGGAUUGAGGUUCAGGUGAGGUUCAGGUGAGGACUGAGGUGUGUAUGUAUCACUUGACUUCUAGGAAUGAGAAAGGAUGACCGGUCUGGUGCCCAAGAUCAAGAUUAGGGAGCAGGGUGUGUAUCCUAGUAUUUUGAAGUGUGGGAAUGAGUCAAGAAGGAAGUACAAGCAUGUUGGCAGUCUCGGAACCGGGAAGGGUAUUCCGUGAUCACUGCAAAGCAUUCUGUUCCAAAGGGAGCAUUACACACCGACAUCAUCAGGUCUUUCGCGGUGGUUUGCCAACCUAGUUUCUAAAAGUCCAUGAAACUUAGCACUUCAAUCGUGAUACCUCAAGCAGCACGAAACAGUCAAAAGCUUGUACUGGCAAAA